AUGACUAUGACUAAAAAAGAAAAAGACAAGUUAGAAGAAUUCCAUGGAGGAAAAGAGAUUGUGAAAGUUAGUUCGCCAGGAUUAGAACACAACCAAGAAUUAAAAACUUUCACAAAGGAAGAAGUAAUUUGCUAUAAAAGGGGAUAUAUGGCACAUAUUAAGCAUAAUAAGAAGUUGGGUCAUUGUUCUAAAUGCGAAGCAGACAAACCUUGCCAACCAAUCAAAAAAAAAGAUUUUGAUAAAAUGCUAAAAGCAAUGUUGAAAGUUCCUCCUCCUAAAAAUUGGAAAGAAAUAAAAGAUAAACCCAAAAAGAAAAGAGGUCGUCCACCUAAGAUGAAUGGAAGACUUCUUUGGGAUUUAUAUUUCUUUCUUUCAGGUCAGGGAGGUAGAAAGAGUUAUACCCAACAAAAAAUGGCUGACUACUUUUCCAAAAAGGCAGGCGAGGAAAUAAAGCAAUUAGGUCAUUUACGGAAAUUAACCAAGUUUAAAAAACUACUUCCUAAACUACCUCAAUCCUGUAUUCUUGCUAUUGAUGAGUGCGGUUUUCACCUGAACGAAACCCCAAGUGAAGCCAAACAUUAUCUGAUAAUGGAUAACUUGCCAGUUCAUAAGGCAAAACAAUCUUGUAUCAACUUAAACCUUACUCCUAUUAAAGAACUUUUGGAAAGCAAAAACAUCGAAGUUCUUUAUUUACCUCCUUAUACACCAGAGAUGAACCCAGUGGAGUAUUGUUUUAACUUAAUUAGACAAUGGGUAGAAAAGAAUAAGCCUAGGAGUUAUGAAAAGUUAAAAGAGGUUAUUGCUAAAAUAAUAAAUAUACUUAAUGAGAAAGACUUAACCGAGUAUUUUAGGCAUUGUCAGAAUUACAACUCCAAAGGAGAAGCAAUUAAUCAGUUUAAUAUGCCAUUUUGGAGAUGA